AUGGACCCCGCCGACUUACAGCCGCUGCUUGACCAGCUUGAUGACCAUGUUGAUGACCUUGAAGAAGUCCUGCAGCCCGUGCUGGCCAGCGGGCUCCUCAAAAGCUCGAACAAACUACCCGUAAUGGACAAAGCAAAACUUCAUGUUGUUGUCACAUAUGCGCUGGAAUCACUAAUUUUCUCUUACUUGAAACUCCAUGGCGUUGAUGCCAAGCAGCACUCGGUGUUCAGGGAACUCACCCGCGUGAGGCAGUACUUCGAUAAAAUCAAGGCCCUCGAAACCGAGCCUGAAGAGCGCCCAAUGACACUGGACAAAGGAGCUGCUAGCCGAUUCAUCAAACACGGCCUCUCUGGAAACGAUAAGUACGAUCUUGAACGCGCGGAAAAGCAAGCCAAGGAAAGAGCUCGCGCAGAGCUGAAAGCGGCAGCCCUUGCUCGCGAGGCCCAAAAAAACCCAGAUAGUGCCGCCACAUCAGAAGCACAAACCAACGACGACUCAGAUGACGAUAACUCCGAGGGUGGGGUGGAGGUCGCAGCCAAGGUGAAGCGUUCAAUCACCGAGAAUGAAAAGAAGCAAAAGAUCAAGGGAGAGCAUAAGAGCAAGGACAAGAAGGAGAGGAAGAAGGGCAACAAAGCAGCACGCGAGCAAGAAAAGAAGGAGCGUCGGCAAAAGAAGAAGGAAAAACGAAAUGCCAGACAAGCCCAGUGA